AUGCCUCUCCCUGAUACCGUCGAGUUGCCCGCGGCCUUUGACGCCCACGUCCACUUGCGCGAUGAUGAUAUGCUCAAGAUCGUCGCCCCGACUGUUCGCCCCGGAGGAGUCAACCAGGCGCUAUGUCGCGCGACAAAGGCAUUGAUCAUGCCCAACCUGCAAAACAACCUGGUUACAAGCGUCAAGCGGGCCUUGGACUACUCAUCGCGCAUCAAGGAGGCUCUGGCCAAGGACGAGGUGGACCUGCUCAUGACCCUCUACCUCCACCAGGACGUUACGCCCGAUACCAUCAGAGAGGCCAAGAAGGCCGGUGUUGCUGCAGUCAAGAGUUAUCCUGCCGGCGUCACCACAAACAGUGCCGAUGGCGUCGUCGACUACGAUGCCUUCCACGAAGUCUUCAAGGCCAUGGAGGAGGUCGACUUGCUUCUCUGCCUCCACGGAGAGUGCCCAUCCCACGCCGGCAGCGAUAUCACCACGCUCAAUGCCGAGUCCAAGUUCCUUCCCACGCUGAAGGCUCUUCACGCUAAAUAUCCCAAGCUCAGAAUCAUUCUUGAGCACUGCACAACCGCUGAGGCUGUUGCGGCCGUCAAGUCAUGCGGCCCCAAUGUUGCCGGCACCAUUACCUGCCACCACCUCUUCAUCACCAUCGACGAUGUUGUCGGUGACGCACUCAACUUCUGCAAGCCCCUCCCCGCCGACCGCAAAGCCCUCCUCAACGCCGUGGUCAACGGCAAUGGCAGGUUUUUCCUCGGUACCGACUCCGCCCCGCACCCAAUCACCGCGAAGACCGGCCCCUCCAAGGCCGCCGCCGGCGUCUUCACACAACCUUACGCCGUCCAGUACCUCCUCGCGGCCCUCGACGAGGCCGUCGCCCGCGGCGAGCUCACGGACGCAGACAUCACACAGGAGGCUCUCGAGGGCUUCGUCAGCGGCUACGGUCGCAAGUUCUACGGCACCGAGGACACCAGAAAGGAACGCAUCCGCCUCACCCGCGGCGGCGCUGUCGUCGAGCAGACCUUUGAGGACAAGGGUAUCCAGGUCGUGCCGUUCCGCGCCGGUAAGGAGACUUGGAGCCUGACGUGGCUAUAA